AAACAAACAGGGUAUUACGGCGCUGCACUGGCAAAACACAGGGAGCAAGGCAACAAUGAUGAUAAGAUGAUACAAAAUUGGAAGAAUGUUCUUUUUCAAGCAGCUAAUUUGUCUGGUUUUCAUUCAACCACAUACAGAAUUUGCCCAAAUUAGCAACAAUUGACCUCAGAGACUCCAAAAAGCUGAUUGAGUGUCCAAAUGUGUCUGGUUCCCCGAAUCUUAAACAUGUAACACUUAAUCGUUGUGAAAGCUUGCCUGAAGUUGAUUCAUCAAUUUUCCAUCUCCAAAAGCUUGAAACAUUAUGUGUGGCUGGAUGUACAUUGCUUAAGAGCCUUUUCAGUAACACUUGUUCACCAGCCCUCCAUGUAUUGAAUGCUAUGAAUUGCUUCAAUCUCAAAGAGUUCUCAGUCCCAUUUGCUUCAGUUGAUGGUUUGCAUUUGUAUUUAUCAAAGUGGAAUGGGAAUGAACUUCCAUCAUCAAUAUUGCAUACACAAAAUAUUAAAAAGUUUGCCUUUCCUAUUAGUGAUUGUCUCGUGGACCUUCCUGAAAACUUUUGUGAUAAUAUUUGGCUUGGUAGUCAACGGAAUCCUGAACAGGACCCUUUCAUCACCUUAGAUAAAUUACUUUCUAGUCCUGCCUUCAUGAGUGUAAAAGUCUUAACCUUUUGUAAGAUUCCUAUCUUGUCUGAAUUCCCAGACAGUAUCUCCUUACUAUCGUCAUUAAAGUAUUUAAAUCUAAUUCAUAUGGCCAUUAAAAGCUUGCCCGAAACCAUUAAGUAUCUUCCCCGACUGGAAUGUGUCCGUGUUUACGAUUGUAGAUUGCUUCAAUCUAUUCCGGCGCUUUAUUGGUUCAUUACAAAUGAAGAAUCCAUUCCUUGUUUUCUUUUUCUCAUUAACUACAAUAAAUUGGAUCCACAUUCAUACCAGACAGUUUUGAAAGAGGCUAUGGAUGGGUUUGAACUUGAAGCAAGACAUAGUUCAGAAAAUGAAGAUGCACACAAUUAUAUUAUUUUGAACUUCUUACCUGCUAUGCCUGGAACGGAAAAUUGGUUCCAUUACUCUUCUACACAAGUUUCUGACACUCUUGAGCUUCCUUCUAAUUUGUUGGGUUUUGCAUACUACUUGGUUCUUUCUCCAGGCAUCAUGGAUUUUGGUGUAGGUUUUGGAUGUAAAUGCUACUUGGACAAUAGUUCAGGUGAAAGGAUCUGUAUAACAAGUUUCACAGAAGGCAACUCCAUCGAAUCUACCUGGAAUUAUACUUCAUUCCGCAUGAAGUCAAAUCAUUUGGUUUUAUGGUACGAUCCACAAAUUUGCAAGCAGAUAAUGGAUACAGUCCAACAAACAAAAGCCAUUACUGACGCGAAUAGCACCAUUUACAAUUCAAAGCUUACAUUUACAUUCUUUAUGAAUGAAACUCUAUAUGACGAAGUAGAGAUAAAAGAGUGUGGGUUUCGCUGGAUAUAUCAACAAGAAACAGUUUCUUCAACAAUUUCUGAAUCCCAUGUUGAAGAAGAGACCAUGUCUUCAUCAGAUUUUCAAUCCAAUGAGCAAGAAGAAAUAGUUUCUCCAACAAAUUUUGAAUCAGAUGAUCUCGAAGAAACGUUUCCUCCAAGAAACAAAUUAAAGCUAGACAUCGUUGGAACUCCGCCAUCAAACCUACAAUUAGACGAAAGACAUGAUUUGAGGUAUUCUCUUGAAGAGCUCAUGCAUAUUGGAUUUCGUGUAGACCACAUGAACACUUUGUUUGGUUCCACAGAAGAAGAAGAAAGCAACAGCUGAAGAGGAGAGAAAAAAAAGUGGAAUGAAUAGGCACGAGUCUUUUAUUAGAAGUCAAGAUGUUUAUCAGAAGAUGCGUAAGACUGUUAGCGAUGGGAAAAAACUUUCCAAGAACUCUCAAAUUUGAAAGUGAUGAUAGCACUUUAUUCAAACCUGAGCCUCCUAAAUUCAAACUGAAAAAAGUUGUGGAAGGAUCGUAAGAAGACUCAAAAGCAUAAAAGCUUUCAUUGUAUUAGAUGAUGUACGUACUUCAGAACUUAUAUAGGCAUGAGCUUUUUGUUAGGCUUGACCAAAUGAGAUCUUCAUGAAUAUACAGGUAUAAUAUAUUGAUACUAGGCAUCUGAUUUGUUCUUAUCUUUUGUUUUUUACUUGUUAAUGUUUUU